AUGGGGAAGACCAUCAAGAUCGAAUGGUUAAAGGAACUACGGACCCGAUUUACCGGUAUCGUACGCUUCUACAUCUUCUACGGGACUGAUAAAGCUACUAUAUCCUCGGAGACCCGGGCCGCUCUCCUCCCUAGCGACCCCGUAGAAGCCCGCGAGUCGCGCACCCUCGUCACUUUACCUGGCGAUAAGGCGUCCUUAGUAGAAGAUAAAGACCUUAAAAUCCGCCUAGCUACUGCCAAACCUCCGACCGCGGACGCCCACCUCCGCGAAGACGAUUUAGUAGUUCGGCGUACUAACACUUCGGUUAUUCGCGCCGUCGAUAACGAUGACGAGGGGUUUAAGGAGGAGCGUACCGACAAGAGCACGACCUACGGAUCGGUCCUGAAGUACUGUUUUCGCGUCGUCAUUCUGGACGAAGGCUAUAAGGUUAAGAACUAUUCAUCUCGCAACUACAUCGCCGUCCAGCUACUAUACGCGCCCAUCGUCUAG